AUGGACGUCGUGGGCGUGCUGCUGUUCUUCUUCGACAUCUACACGGACGCGCUGGUGGUGGAUGCGCUCUCCAAGACGGACCACCGCGACUGGAUGACGGUCACCCUGGUGUUCAUAUUGUGGCAUUACGUCAUCAUGGCGGUGCUCGUGACCGCCUACCUGAAGAGAACCACCACCAAGCUGAACGUGCUGGGUCUGGAGGAGGGCGACUCCGCGGUGGGGGGUGCUGCAGUGUUGGGCUCCCGACGACGUCACCGCUGGCUGCUGUUCGUACCUGUGGCGGUACCUGGGGUGGUGCUGCUGGACAUCACGAUGCUGUUCACCUCCAUACUCCCCAUCGCCUUCCCGAGGCUGUUUGUCAACUUCUCGUCCUUCCUGUCCAACUACAACUUCUCCAGGUUCUUCAUUGAGUUUGUGUUCGAGAGCAUUCCGCAAACAAUUUUGCAAACCUACAUCUACCACCAGCUGGCCCAGGGCAGUCAUGCAGCGCAGGUGAACGAAUGCGCGCUUCGAGGCGAUACCUGGAAGUUGGUGACUCGGGCCAUCAAGCGACACAAGAAGCUGGAAAAGGUGAAGCUCAUCCAGACCGGCGUGCUGACCAAGUACCGCAACGCCAAGCGCUAUCUGGCGGUACGGAUGCUGUUCAAACACAGCCUGGGACUCAAGACCGUGGCGUUGUGUCUUAGCUGGUGGGACGAGGACUACUUGCAGGGUGCUGUGGAUAUGUACCUCUUAGACCACCCCACCCUGGAGUCUCUGGCAAUAGAGCUGCCGCCAGGGGCGCCCUUCGCAUUACGGGAGGCGGGCACCGCGGACCCACGGGUCGGUGUGGAUAACAGCUACCGCGGCAAACCGGGCCGCCGCGCUGCGCGGCGAUCAGGUUACUUCCUCGGCGGCUCCGUCGGCGGUGGAGGCGGCGGCACCGCCGCCGCCUUGCCUACGGCACGGUACGGCGUUCGGAGCCGGCUGGCAGAGGCCGCCGGGGCCGCAGGUGUUAACGGCGUCAGACACGGCGGCGGCGGCCAGGGUGCUGGCGGCGGCGGCGGCGGCGGAGGGACGCCACGCGCGCGGUCGUACUUUGGCGUCAGCGGUCCCGCUGCCGGCUUUCUGAGUCCCUUCUCUACGGACGCAUCGGCUGCGGGUUCGGCAGCAGGAGCCGCCGGCGGCAGCGGCGGCACCGCCGCAGUGCUGGGUUGGGUACAGUACGGCGGCGCUGUGCUUUCCGGACUCGCCUCGUACGUUACUGACGGUGCCGUCAGUACGAUACAGGGCUUGGCGGCGGUGGCCUCUGGUCAGCCCUGGGGCUCCGCUGCCGCUGGCGGUGCCGCCAUCCCUGGCGUCGCCUCGCCGCGCUACUGCUGGUUGCUGGCGUCGGUGCUGGCGUCGGCGCCGGCGCUGCGGUCGCUUUACAUACACAACCACGCUCUGCCGGAAGCCGCGGCGGAUGGCGUGGGGCAGCUGGCGGCAGCGCUGGCGGGCAACACUCGGUUGACGGCGCUGAGCUUACGGGGCAGCGCAGUUGGGGAUGCGGGCGCAGCGGCGCUGGCUCGCGCGUUGUCAGGGCACAAUUCCACUUUGCAGCUUCUGAACUUGCGUCGUUGCCAGCUUCACGACGAAGGCGUCUCCGCGCUGUGUGCCUGUCUGCUGGAGAACCGCGGACUGCGCAGUCUGGACCUCUCCCACAGCCGGAGCAGCGACGCCGGCGUCGCCAAUGCGGCCCUCCAGGUCGUCACCGCCGUCGCCACCGCCGCUGCCGGAGGCAGCGGCGGAGGCGACGGCGGUGACGACCUGGAGGGCCGCAUUGGCGACGCCGGCGUCGCUGCUCUGGGCGCAGCGUUGGCACGCAACCGCUCGCUUCGUGAGCUGAAUUUGGCGGGGUGUCGCUGUGGUGAGCUGGGUGGUACGGCACUGCUGGAGGCGUUGCAGGUCAACACCGCGUUGCAG